AUGCUCACAGCACUGAGUCAGGAAAAAUUUGAAAAAGAUAGCUGCAUGGAUGUGAAAAACUUACUGAUUGCUGGAGCAGCAAUUGACGAGCAAGAUGACUGCGGAGAAACAGCACUUAUUUUGGCCGUAAAGGCAGGUCGUUCCGAGGUAGUGAAGUGCCUACUGGAUGAAAACGCCGACCCAACCAUAAUCGACGAUCAUGGACGCACCGCAUUGCAUCAUGCCGCUUCAAUUAAUGAUCCUGAUAUCGUGCGCAUGCUUCUUCAGUACCCUGUAGUCCAGGCAAGCCCCUUAUACUUUUUCGACCUUUUUUAA